AUGGCGUCAAGAGUUGGUUCUCGACCCAUGGGAUCAGAUGGCACUGAUUUCUUGCACAGAGAAAGAAUUGCUGGGCAUUAUCAAUCCAGUGCAACUAACAAAAGCAGAUUCAAGUGGACAAUCUACUUGCAUUUUCUACUUGGUCUCUUGAUGAUCUUCCGACUGUCAGUUAGUUUUUUCGUUCUCCUCAAUAUAAGACCCCCAAGUUUCUUACAACGUAUGCGCCUACCUCGAGCCUGGAUGUGGGAAUAUGUCUGGCUAGUCAGCCUCAUGGCUUCCAUGUUUGGGUUGUUUUCUCUUCGCAAGAAUCGUUUCGUUCUAAUGCAACAGUUUGUUAUAGGGUGGAUCAUUUUCGGACUCGGACCAGUUGCAUAUGCGAUGGUAACACUUUUCGAUGAAUUGGUGAAAUACUGGGAAACAAGGGAAACUACAAAACUUUUUCUCGGUUUUCCAAUUGUUGUUUUGUGGAACAUGUUCUUGGUUAUUGCAUUACAACUUCACCUAUUUGGUCUAUGGUUUGCUUGGAAUUUACUAAGGGCAUGGAAACCAAGGGGAGAGAAAAAGAAAAAUUAA